AGACAAGCCGGGCACCGGAGAGAGAGGACCCACGGGACAGGACGAAAGAAGGAAGGAAAGGGACGCUGUAACUUUUGGAAUCUGAAGACCUGGUUCAAGACCACCUGUGCUACUUGCUGCUGUGAGAUCUCGGGCAGGAGACCUCUGACCUCUCAGCCUUCAUACACUUUCCUGUGAAAUGGGAACUGUCCCCGUCCCAUCUCUGAGUCACUGUGAAUGAGGACACAAAUGGCCUCGUGGUUGUUGUGAAACAGUUUAGUCCUUAAUAUCAUUUACAAAAGCAUCCGUCUGCAGGUUCUCCCAGGCCUCGUGACUCCCAGGGCCUGAGAAGUUAGCGCACCAGUGCACACCCGUACACGUGAGGCACCUGGGACACGGCCAGCAUGAACUGGGGAUUUCUCCAGGGAAUCCUGAGUGGCGUGAACAAGUACUCCACAGCACUGGGCCGCAUCUGGCUGUCGGUGGUCUUCAUCUUCCGGGUACUGGUGUAUGUGGUGGCAGCGGAGGAGGUAUGGGACGAUGAGCAAAAGGAUUUCGUCUGUAACACCAUGCAGCCAGGCUGCCCCAACGUCUGCUAUGACGAGUUCUUCCCUGUGUCCCAUGUGCGCCUCUGGGCCCUGCAGCUCAUCCUGGUCACCUGUCCUUCCCUGCUAGUGGUCAUGCACGUGGCCUAUCGAGAAGAGCGGGAAAGGAAACACCGCCUCAAACAUGGACCCAAUGCCCCAUCCCUGUACAGCAACCUGAGCAAGAAGAGGGGUGGCCUGUGGUGGACAUACCUGCUGAGUCUUAUCUUCAAGGCUGCUGUGGACUCGGGAUUUCUCUAUAUCUUCCAUUGUAUUUACAAAGACUAUGACAUGCCCCGAGUGGUAGCUUGCUCUGUGUAUCCCUGCCCCCACAUCGUGGACUGUUACAUCGCCCGACCCACGGAGAAGAAGGUCUUCACCUACUUCAUGGUAGUCACAGCGGCCAUUUGCAUCCUACUCAACCUCAGUGAGGUCGCCUACCUCGUGGGCAAGAGAUGCAUGGAGGUCUUCCGGCCCCGGCACCGGAAAGCGUCCAGGAGCCACCAACUACCAGAUACAUGCCCACCCUACGUGAUCUCCAAAGGAGGUCACACCCAAGAGGAGAGCGCGAUCCUAACAAAGGCCGGGAUGGCCACAGUGGAUACAGGCCAGAGCUCCAAGUAUCACCAGCAUCGCCCUCAUCUCACGUGGGAUUUGCCAACUGCUGCCCAUCAUCCCCGGAGAACUGCCGACCCUCGCAAGGCGGGAGCAGCAGCCACCGCGCACCGCAUGUACAGUAAGAGGAAAAUAAAUUCUCACUGAGGUGAUCACCACAGAGAGUUGCUGCCCCACCAAUAUCCCACCGUUCUUUUGCCCCUCCUAUUUAGGCAGAACUGCAGAAUUCAGUCCUACUGGACAUACCCUUCUCUACACCCAGAGCCUAUUCUGUUGCUGGCGCCACCCCCACAGUCAGGGGGAGGCCUUUGUGGACAUUUGCCCUUCCCCACUUUGAUCUCUGGUUGUUGGCCAUGGUGCCAGCCUUCUCAGUUUCUCCACUCUCAAACUUUCUAGUGCAUUCCAUGUAUUUUACAUCCUGUUUCUCGAAAGUAGAAACUCUUCUUAUGACUGCCUCCAAGCCUACAGACCACCUCUGUCUCCCUUCACACCCUCCCUCAGCACAGGGAGAAGGCUGGGCCUACAACUGCUAAUUGUCCGAGCUCCCCACGAGUCCCUUUCUCAGGACCUUUUCACUCAUACCUCUUCCUGUCCAUUUAAGUGUUCUCAGAUCUUUCCUGCCUGGUCCUUCCUUGACCCCACAGCCCCUGCCUUCUCUGGCUUUCCCAACCAUUUGUCUUCCUUCACCUCCCACUUCCUCACCUACUGCCUGUGAUCUGUCUCGGCCCGAUCAGAUCUCUCAACCUCCCUGCCAAAGCCAGUUUCACCUACUCUCUGUCACUGAGCCCAGUGGAAACUCUGCAGGCCCUGUCUUGCCUGAUGGAGCAUUUAAGGACACAUGGCCUUUCUUCUGGAAAUUCUUGUUCACACCGUAAGUCUUUUCUUUGUUCUAUCCACCCAGCACUGUUCCUGUCCCUUUAAACUGGGAUACUAAAGCUCACAGCUAGGCACAUAUCCCCGCUCCUUGUCUUUAGAUGAAGCCAAGCAGAUUUCAGCCAUGUUUUCAAUGGUUUCUAAGGAAAGUGUGUAGUGGCAAGAAGGAGUAUAUACAGGAGAUGGGAGACGCUGGUUGUAGCUACUGUGUGAAAGCCUCAUGCAAAACCUCCUGGGUAAGAAGAGAAAUGGAUGCCAACUGUGGUAGAGGGGCAGAGGGCAGCAGCAAGCAGAAAAGAGAUCUUUAGACACGCUCCAGACCUGACUCAGAUGCCACCAUGACCCAAAGGUACCUUGCCCUUCAUGUGCUCUGACAAGCCAAUAAAUUCUUC